AUGGAUAUCAAAAGUGAAACUAGUUGUGAACCUAUGGAUAUAGAUUUGAGUUCACAUUCAGUUAGUGCUAUGGAUAUAUCAAAUGUGGAUCGUAGUUUUGACAUUUCACCAGUUACUAUUAAAAAAGAAAAUACUGUAGAUGAUUGUAAUGUUAAGGACAGCUAUUUAAAUAUAAAACGUUUAUCUAUUAAUAAAUUAAUUGAAGAGCAGAAACAACAUACUAAUAACUCAAAAAGAUGGAUAUGUAAACUGUUAACAUGUGUUAUUGUAUUAUAUUUAUCAGUUAUAUUUCAUCAGUUUACACAAUUUAAAUGUAACGAAAAUUUAAAUUUUAACCUAAUAAAAGAUACCUUACAAUCUAAAUUAUAUGGGCAAACUGCUGCAGUUGAUUCUUUAAUUAAGGCAUUGGAAGCUGAAGUUACUGGCAAACUUAUAAUAUUGUAUGGUGGUACAGGAGUGGGUAAAACAUAUACUGCAUCAUUGAUACUAGAAAAUUUAUUAGAGUAUAGUAAUGUUUAUCACUAUACAAUGCCUAGUUUUUUACAAACUUCAUUUGAUUUUAUGUUUGGUCUUUCAUUCUGUGAAUCUUCUCUUGUGGUUGUAGAUGAUCUUAACAGACAAGAUAUACUGAAUAUUGAAAAUCAUAUAAUUACCUUAGUAAAGAAAAGUGAAGAACUUUCAAAGAAGAUAACAAUUCUGUUAUUGUACAACUGUGAUACUAUGGAUGAACAUUAUUUUAAAAAAUGUGAUCAUGAUUUUGUUCAAAGGUUAAAUCAAACUUUAGGAAAUGUGGGAAUUAUUAAGUAUUUUAUUAAAUUUGAAUCAUUGUCAGAAGAACAUUUAAGAUUAUGCAUUGCAAAUGAACUUUCAAACAGAAAGCUAAGUGAAACUGACAUUUUUAAAAUUGUGAAAAAUUUCAAUGUAGGUCUUGAUGGCUGUAAAGGUGUAUAUCAAAAGAUGAAAUAUUUAAAUGUUAUU